AUGGCUGAAUAUCCAUACAAGUUAAGGACGAAAGAGCCGGAGUUGAAAUACGAGGAGUUUAACGGUGCUAAGUUUGCGUAUGUGUUGUGGCCAUCGGAGGGAGCACCGAAGGCUAGAGUGUUAUUGGUGCAUGGGUUUGGCGAGUACACAAAGAUCAACCACCGGCUGAUGGACCACCUUGCAUUGGCAGGUUACGAGUCAUUUACGUUUGACCAGAGAGGUGCCGGCUUGACCUCCCCGGGCAAACAGAAGGGUAUCACCAACGAGUACCACACUUUCAAUGACCUGGACCACUUUGUCGCGAAGAACCUGCUGGAGUGCAAAGAGAAGGACAUUCCGCUGUUUCUGUGGGGCCACUCCAUGGGCGGCGGCAUCAUCCUCAACUACGCCAGCAAGGGCAAGCACAGAGACCAAGUGAGCGGGUACAUUGCGUCGGGCCCGCUCAUCAUCCUGCACCCACACUCCUCGCCCAAUAAGAUCACCCAGUGGCUGUCGCCGGUGCUGGCCAAGUGUCUGACAAAGACGAGGAUCGACACGGGCCUGGACCUCGAGGGCAUCACCUCGGACCCGCGCUACCGCAAGUUCCUGGAGAACGACAAGCCCAUGAGUGUGCCGCUGUAUGGCAGCUUCGGCCAGAUCUACGACUUCCUGGAGAGAGGCAAGCGGCUAUACAACGAUCAGGACGGGUUCGUCUCGCGCAAGUACCCAAGGGACAAGCCGCUGUUCAUACAGCACGGCAAGGACGACACCAUCAACGACCCACAGGGCUCGCAGAAGUACUACGACAUGUGCCCUGCGCAGGAUAAGACGCUCAGGAUCUACGACCAUGCUCGCCACAGCAUCCUGUCCCUAGAGAAGGACGAACUGUUCGCUCCGAUCUUCAACGACCUGCAAGCCUGGCUGGACGAACACUCGCAGGCUCGCAUCAAGAGCAAAUUGUGA